CCGGCUGCGGCGGCGGGGGCUGCGGCGCUCCCCCCUCCGAGCCCGCGGCGCACACACGGCACGGGCGGCAGCGCAGCCCGGCUGGCAGAGCCCGCACAGCCCCCCCGGCUGCCCGGGGCGGUGCGCGGCGGAGCCAUGCUCUCCAGGAAGGGGAUCAUCCCCGAGGAGUACGUGCUGACCCGGCUGGCCGAGGAUGUGCCGGAUCACGCCCGGUACCGCGCGCGGGAGAGGCGGGCGCGCUUCGUGGGCAAGAACGGCGCCUGCAAUGUGGCCCAUAAGAACAUCCGCGAGCAGGGGCGCUUCCUGCAGGAUGUCUUUACCACCCUGGUGGACCUCAAGUGGCCGCAUACGCUGCUCAUCUUCACCAUGUCCUUCCUCUGCAGCUGGCUGCUCUUCGGCAUGGUCUGGUGGCUCAUCGCCUUCGCCCACGGGGACCUGGACCACAGCACCCGGCUGCAGCGGGACCCCACGGAGGGGGCGGCGGGGUCUGCGGCCGGCUUCGUGCCCUGCGUGACCAGCAUCCACUCCUUCACCUCCGCCUUCCUCUUCUCCAUCGAGGUGCAAGUGACCAUCGGCUUCGGGGGGCGCAUGGUGACGGAGGAGUGCCCUGCCGCCAUCCUGGUGCUGAUCGUGCAGAACAUCGUGGGGCUGGUGAUCAACGCCAUCAUGCUGGGCUGCAUCUUCAUGAAGACGUCUCAGGCCCACCGCCGGGCCGAGACCCUCAUCUUCAGCAAGCACGCGGUCAUCGCCCUGCGCGAGGGCAGGCUCUGCUUCAUGCUGCGCGUGGGCGACCUCCGCAAGAGCAUGAUCAUCAGUGCCACCAUCCGCAUGCAGGUGGUGAAGAAGACCGCCAGCCUGGAGGGAGAGGUGGUUCCCCUCAACCAGAUCGACAUCCAGAUGGAGAACCCCGUGGGGGGCAACAGCAUCUUCCUCGUCUCCCCACUCAUCAUCUACCACGUGAUAGACAAGAACAGCCCCCUCUACGACAUCUCCCCCAUGAACCUUCACCACCACGAGGACCUGGAGAUCAUUGUCAUCUUGGAAGGGGUGGUGGAGACCACUGGCAUCACCACCCAGGCCAGAACCUCCUACCUGGCGGAUGAAAUCCUCUGGGGCCAAAGGUUUGUGCCCAUCGUGGCAGAGGAAGAUGGGCGAUACUCGGUGGACUACUCUAAAUUUGGCAACACGGUGAAAGUGCCCACCCCCUCGUGCACUGCCAGGCAGCUGGAGGAGGACAAGAGCAUUAUGGACACCAUGCCACUGUCCCCAAAAGGCACAAUAAGGAGAAGGUCUGUCAAGCUAAAGCCCAAGUUUACCAUAAGCGAAGAGCCUUCCUGAUGCCUUCUGACUGGGAAACUCUGUUUUAGGGCUUUGUGUCUGAAAGAUCUCAUGAACUCAAAACACUGAGGUGGCCUCUUACUUUUUUUUUAAAAUUCAGGUCGGUAGCACAAGGUAUGUUCUGGUGUUAUUUAUUGUGGGGAAAUCUAAAGCUAAUUAUAUUUUUUUAAAGGUGUGAGAGAUUUCAAGCAGAACUGGGAGUAGGGAAAAUCAUGGUCUGCAGCUUUAAAUUUCUGUUCAGACUGUUUAAUUGCACGAUCAUUCUGCGUUGAUUCAACUGCAGGUAAUGACACAUUUUCUCAAAAAAUAAAUGUAUAUUUAUCCUCAGAUAUUGCAGGUUUUAGGGAAUUGCAAUAUUCGCAAGUCCAUAGUUUUUAACUCGUGUUUUUUUUUCUUAACUUGAACAAUCAAUAUAGCAAAAUAAAAUAUUAAUAAUUAAUAAAGUAGGCUGGAUUUAAAUUAUAUAAAAGGGUCAGGCAAUGACACAAGACCAGAUGUGGAAGUGUCUCUAUAUUAUACUGUAUGUCUUCAAGAAAUUAACUGCUGGAUUUGCAUCAUCCAUAUUGUGUUGUAUGGAGCCACUCCUACCACAUGCAGUAUGAAAUGUAUUUGAAUAUUUACUUUUGUUUAUUUUAAAAGCCUUUACACUUCCAAAAUAAAACAUUCAGGAAUA